AUGGCAGACAACAGUGUUAGUGCGUACAUGGAACAGCGGGUGGUGAUGACGUUUCUUUUGAAUGAAGGCAUAAAACCCGCAGAUAUCUACAGAAGACUUCAAUCACAGUACGUAAUACAUUUGAAUGAUGUAAACAUUUCAAAGAUGGUCGUACGUCCAUCAGUUGAGAUCCCAGGCAUGGUGGUUCCCAGCCCACAGCAGUCAUUCCUGAUCCUGGAUAAUCCUGGAGUGAUUGCCACCUGUUUGGACCCCUAAAAGAGUUCCUUGGAGGUCAAGAGUUCAGCACUAAUGACGAA